AUGAAGUGUAAUUUGCUUCUACUGUUCUUCUUGUUCUUUCGAAGUACAUUUCAACAGCAACACCAGUCUCUCCCGCUGAAUUCAACCGCAGAACGGGCUGCUCUGCUCCAACUCAGAGCAUCAUUAGGUUUAAGAGCCAUAGAAUGGCCUAUAAAACCCGACCCAUGCUUAACUUGGAUCGGUCUUCUAUGUCAAGGUGGUCAUGUUGUUGGGAUCAACAUUUCAGGGUUUAAGAGAACCCCACUUGGAAGUCGAAACCCUAAAUUUUCAGUUGAUGCUCUUGCCAAUUUCACCAAAUUGAUUUCGUUUAAUGCCUCAGGAUUCUCACUUCCAGGUUCAAUACCGAAUUGGUUAGGGCUUCAUCUUCAAACCCUUAAGUUUCUUGAUCUUAGUUCUUGUGAAAUCUCUGGUGCUAUUCCUUCCAGUAUCGGCAAUUUGUCUAAUCUUAGUGAAUUGUAUUUAUCUAGUAACACUCUUAAUGGUACAAUUCCAUCUACUUUGAGUCUGUUAUCACAGCUUUCAGUUCUUGAUCUAUCCAGAAACUCACUUACUGGUUCAAUCCCCACUCAACUCAGUAAUCUUGCUAGUUUGAUUGUCAUUGAUCUGAGUUCAAAUUCGCUUUCUGGGACUGUUCCCUCAGAAUUUGGAAAUUUGAAGAAUUUAAAGAGAAUGAUGAUUCGCAACAACAACUUCACAGGUGAUCUUCCAGAUGCAUUAUGUUCACUACCUGGUUUGACUUUUCUUGAUGCAUCUGAUAAUAAAUUUAUGGGAUCUCUACCAAAUGGUAGCUUGAACCCUAAUGUCACCGUGGCAGUUUUCAAUCUCUCUCAUAAUAUGUUUUAUGGGAUAUUGACAUCUAUACUUAGUAGGGUUAGUUACAUCGAUCUAUGUUACAAUUACUUGCAAGGAAGAAUACCAUAUUAUGCACGUGAUAUUGCUUCUUUAGAUAAAAACUGCUUUCGUAAUUGGUCAAGUCAAAGGACUCUGAAAGAAUGUGCAGCUUUUUAUUCUAUGACGGGAUUACCCUUCCAUAACUUUGGACUUCCAAAUGGCACAUUACCCCAUAAUCCCAUACAUGACCAUAAACCCAACCACAAAAAGCUUAUAUCAGCAAUUAUAUUGGGUUGUAUUGGUCUCAUUAUACCCUUUGUGAUUUUCAUGAUUCCCAUGAUUCUAUGCUGGAAGAAAAGGAAAAUGAAUCAAAUAGGAAAUGGUUCGGGGGGCGUUUCGGUAAAUUCUUGUGGUUUGAAUCUGUCGGGAGUUGGAGAAGUGAUUGCUUAUGAGAAGAUUCUUUUGGCCACUAGUGAGUUUAAUGAUGCAAAUCUUAUAAAAACUGGGCAUUGUUGUGACAUUUUCAAGGGUAUUUUGGAGAAUGGGGUGAAUAUAAUUGUUAAAAGAUUUGAUGUGCAUUCUGGAAAGAAGAGUUGUAUGGUGGAGUUGGAUUUCUUUAGUAAGGUUUCUCAUCCACGAUUAGUUCCUCUAUUGGGACAUUGUUUGGAGAAAGAUAAGGAAAAGUUUAUAGUUUACAAAUAUAUGCCAAAAGGGGAUUUGUCAAGUUCUUUGUACAUGAAAAAUAGUCUGGAUAAUGAUAGAUUAAAGUCAUUGGAUUGGAUUACAAGGUUAAAAAUUGCAAUUGGAGCUGCUGAAAUUCUUUCUUAUCUGCAUCAUGAAUGUGUUCCACCCCUUGUUCACAGAGACAUUCAAGCUAGCAGUAUACUCCUUGAUGAUAAAUAUGAAGUGCGAUUAGGAAGCUUAAGCAAGGCUUGUAUCCAAGAAGACAAUAGCCAUUCAAACAGGAUCACAAGAUUUCUACCAUUACAUAAGACAUCUGAAGAAGGUGUAAGGGCGACAUGUGCAUACGAUGUUUACUGUUUUGGAAAGGUAUUGAUGGAGCUUGUAACGGGCAAAAUCGGAAUUAGUGCAUCAAGUGAUUCAAUCACAAAAAACUUAUUGAAACAUAUGAUUCCAUAUAUCAGUGUAUACAAUAAAGAACUUGUGACAAACAUAAUGGAUCCAACAUUGAUAGUAGAUGAGGAUUUGCUAAAAGAAGUAUGGGUUAUGGCUGUUAUUGCUAAAUCUUGUCUUCAUCCGAAACCUUCUAGAAGACCUGUUAUGAGAUUUGUACUGAAAGCUUUGGAAAAUCCUUUGAAAAUUGUAGUGGAAGAACAGAAGAGGUUAGGUAGAGUUAGAGUGGAUUCGUGUAGGCGUUCUGUGAAUGGGAAUGCCAGCUGGCGGUUUAGAUCGGGUGAUGUGGCGGGAGGUGGUGAAGGAGGCAGGGGAAGUGGGUCCCGGCGGGGUCGGUGUUUGUCGAUUAGAAGGCACUCAAACUCAAAGGAUGUGUUCCCAGAACCGUUGGAUGUGGAAGAUGAAGAGAUAGUGAAUGAGGACUGGAAUGGAAAUGGAAUGAAUUUAUCUUCAUUUUUUGAUAAUGAAAAUUCGUAG